AUGUGCUCGGCUGGCGGCGAGGUGACGGUUUUGGUGUUGGCGCCCAAGAAGGCGUUUGAGGUGGAGUGGGGCACCACCAAUGGACGGGCUAUUGACGACAGUACGCCAUUGAUGAUGGAGAUGACGACUGGGGAAGGCGAGAACUACGACUGGUUCCAGCAGUGGGACCGGAUGAUGGUUUUGCGUCGUUCGGAAGUUCCUAGCGACAAACGCGCGGAAGCGGUGCUGCUGGCCGCAUUGCGGCGUCAUCUGGAGCGCAAUGGGCCGUGGAACAAGCCUGAGGCGGUGGAAGCACUCUGUCACCAGGUCUUUGGUGAACGCCUGCCGGACCUGGACGCCAUCCCCAGCGAGAUCGGCGGAAUGAGUCCAGACGGGUACGAGAUGCAGCGUCAGGACAUGGCGGACGACGUCUCGGUGGCCUUGGCGCGGCCGGUAUACGUGUCGGAGCUGAACGAGCUCUUGCCACAGGUGCUCGAGGACGAGAGGCAGGCAGUCCUACGGUCGGCCGUGGGCGAGCCUAUUGACUGGAACGACGGGGAUUUCGUCGGUGGGGACUUGGAGGCCGCAGCAAGGACGAAGCCCAAGUGCGCAGCGAGCUGUUGUUUAUACACGACCGGGGCUGUCCUGGGGCUGGUCCUGACGGCGGGCUCCCUUGGGAUCGCGGCGCACCAGCUGUGGCCGGACGCCGCCUUCUGGUCGAACGUCUCCUUCUGGUUGAAAGCCUCCUUCUGGCCGCAGUGGAAUAAGCAGCCGGCGGAAGCGGGAGCUUGCCCGCGGUUCGGCGACCACGAGGCCGCGGUCGUCUGGUCGUCCGGUGAACCCGCGCUCGAGGAGCCCUGCGGCAGCGGCACCCUGCUGUGCGGCAACGACUCCAUGACCACGGAGUGCAAUGACUUUGGCAACCCCUGGCCCGUGUCCUUCCCGACCGUCUGGAACACCUCUCGUGAGUUCCGCCACCAGAAGUGCGAAGUGUUCUGCCACACCCCAGAACAGACAUACAGCUCUCUAGUCACACGACUUCUCGCACACUUCCUCCUACAACCCUCCUCGUCCAAUACCACACCCGAUGCAACACCAUCAGCCAAUACGGCGUCUAACACGACGUCCAACGCGUGGCUGUCCAGCAGCACCAUGACCAUGUCGCGUGAAGAACAAGUCCAACAAAUCUUCGGUGUACUCAGGUACUCUGGUGGAUGCAUGGGCGCAAGCGCUUCGUGGCGUUCACUCAGUGGCGUCACGACCUGCAACUGCGCCGUAGUUAAUGUCACCUGCCCAGUGAUGCUCAAAAGCAACCGGGCAAUGCACGAUGUGACCGUCACUGACUUUGAAACUUCUCUGGCCCAGUUGUCCGGCUCCUUCGCUAACUACCCGGAAGACGUCUACGAAGUCAAGCGAUGCAGUUACGAGUGUUGGAACUUAAGUACAGAGGCCAAAGAGAUCCUACGUAUCAUCCGUCAUCAACAACAGGUCACCCUCUAG